GACUAAUGUUUAGGGACCAAUUGUCAUGCAAUAGACGCCGCCCUGGGCCAGGAUGCCACUGGGCCGCUGUACCUCCGGAUUCCCACGUAGGACGCUUCUCUGGACCAGAGCAUCCGAAGCCGGGAACUGGCAGGACUCAGAAACUCGUGAAUGAGCAGCUAGACUUUGGGCUCCUUGAGGAUUUUCCAUUUCCUACUUCUGAGUGUCCUCUCACCAUACUCAACAUAAAAUAACAUUCUUAAUGAUUAUCCUCUGCAGGACAGCAUCAAUGCUGGGAACUUCGCUGGAGCCUCAGGACAGAGUUCUUGGUGUCUCUGCCACUUGAAGACAGGCCUCUGAAAUGGUGUGAGAGAAUUGCUCUUCUAUUGCAAUCAUGGUGCAAAAAUACCAGUCGCCAGUCAGGGUGUAUAAACACCCCUUCGAGUUGAUUAUGGCUGCCUAUGAGAGGAGAUUUCCGACGUGUCCUCUGAUUCCGAUGUUUGUGGACAGCGACACCGUGAAUGAAUUCAGGAGUGAAGACGGGGCGAUCCACGUUAUAGAAAGGCGCUGCAAACUGGAUAUAGACGCACCUCGACUGCUGAAAAAGAUUGCAGGAGUCGAUUAUGUUUAUUUUGUCCAGAAAAACUCACUGAAUUCUCGGGAGCGUACUCUGCACAUCGAGGCCCACAACGAAACGUUCUCUAACCGGGUCAUCAUCAAUGAGCACUGCUGCUACACCGUUCACCCUGAAAAUGAAGAUUGGACCUGUUUUGAACAGUCUGCAAGUUUAGAUAUCAAAUCUUUCUUUGGUUUUGAAAGUACAGUGGAAAAAAUUGCAAUGAAACAAUACACCAGCAACAUUAAAAAAGGAAAAGAAAUAAUCGAAUACUACCUUCGCCAGUUAGAAGAAGAAGGCAUAACAUUCGUGCCUCGCUGGACUCCGCCCUCCAUCACGCCCUCCUCAGAGACCUCCGUGUCGUGCGGGAAGCAGGCGGCGGCCUUGGCUGUCGCGGUCCCAGAGGCUGCGCUGAAGGAGGGGCCGAGCAGCGAGGCCCUCGGCAACACGAGCGGGGCCCCCGAGCCCGUGGCGACCACCCCCGACGACAAACUGGACGCAGACUACAUUAAGCGGUACCUGGGUGACUUGACUCCGCUACAGGAGAGCUGCCUGAUCCGGCUUCGCCAGUGGCUCCAGGAGACCCACAAGGGCAAGAUCCCAAAAGAUGAGCAUAUUCUUCGGUUCUUGCGUGCCCGGGACUUCAACAUUGACAAAGCCAGAGAGACCAUGUGCCAGUCUUUGACGUGGCGAAAGCAGCACCAGGUGGACUACAUCCUCGAUACCUGGACCCCUCCCCAGGUCCUUCAGGACUACUACGCGGGGGGCUGGCACCAUCACGACAAAGAUGGGCGGCCGCUCUACGUGCUCCGGCUGGGGCAGAUGGACACCAAAGGCCUGGUGAGGGCCCUCGGGGAGGAGGCCCUGCUCAGAUACGUUCUGUCCAUCAACGAAGAGGGGCUCAGACGGUGUGAAGAGAACACGAAGGUCUUUGGCCGGCCUAUCAGCUCGUGGACCUGCCUGGUGGACCUGGAGGGGCUGAACAUGCGCCACCUGUGGAGGCCUGGCGUCAAGGCGCUGCUGCGGAUCAUCGAGGUGGUGGAGGCCAACUACCCCGAGACGCUGGGCCGCCUGCUGAUCCUGCGCGCGCCCAGGGUCUUCCCUGUCCUCUGGACGCUGGUCAGCCCGUUCAUCGAUGACAACACCAGAAGGAAGUUCCUGAUUUAUGCGGGGAACGACUACCAGGGCCCCGGGGGCCUGCUGGACUACAUCGAUAAAGAGGUCAUCCCAGACUUCCUGGGCGGAGAGUGCAUGUGCGAAGUGCCGGAGGGAGGGCUGGUCCCCAAAUCGCUGUACAGGACCGCGGAGGAGCUGGAAAACGAAGACCUCAAGCUGUGGACGGAAACCAUCUACCAGUCUGCCAGCGUCUUCAAAGGCGCCCCGCACGAGAUUCUCAUUCAGAUUGUGGACGCCUCUUCGGUCAUCACUUGGGACUUUGAUGUGUGCAAAGGAGACAUCGUCUUUAACAUCUAUCACUCUAAGAGAUCGCCUCAGCCACCCAAAAAGGACUCCCUGGGGGCACACAGCAUCACUUCCCCGGGGGGCAACAACGUGCAGCUCAUCGACAGAGUGUGGCAGCUGGGCCGGGACUACAGCAUGGUGGAGUCGCCCCUGAUUUGCAGAGAAGGGGAGAGCGUGCAGGGCUCACACGUGACACGGUGGCCGGGCUUCUACAUCCUGCAGUGGAAGUUCCACAGCAUGCCGGCGUGUGCGGCCACCCUGCCUCGAGUGGACGACGUGCUGGCCUCCCUGCAGGUCCCCUCCCAUAAGUGCAAAGUGAUGUACUACACCGAGGUGAUCGGGUCGGAGGAUUUCAGAGGUUCUAUGACCAGCCUGGAGUCCAGCCACAGCGGGUUCUCCCAGCUGAGCGCCGCCACCACCUCCUCCAGCCAGUCUCACUCCAGCUCCAUGAUUUCCAGAUGGCGAUUUUGCUGACAGCUGCCAAGAAAGCGCUCCACUCAACAGGCCACACCAACCCAGGGAUGUUUGUAGAACUAUUUGAGUUGCAGCCAUUCCCCCCCCCCAGUCCGAAGAUCUGUUUCUUUUAAGUUGAUUCAGAAGUGGCACUGUUUUAUCCCCAGAGGUGGAAGCGUCUUUAGCGUUCAGAGCACACAACGGCACAGACGCCACAGGCUCACGCGCGGGGGCGCGUGCGUGACGGUGCAGCUCGCGCCGCGGCCUCUGCGUGCCCCGCGCUUCCUCAGACCCCGCUGUCACCUCUCCUGCCUUCAGCACUAACCAUUCUUUUGGUUUCCUUCUCUUUGUGUCUUAAUUCACUUUCCUCCCUAAAUGCAUUAUUUACAUAUCGAAUUCUGUAAAUGUUUUGUAAACAUAUUACCUCACUCUUGGUAAUACAAUACUGAUAGUCUUUAAAAGAUUUUUUUAUUGUUACCAAUAAUAAAUGUGAACCGUUUUAAAGAAAA